CGCUCCGUCCCAAACGAGGAAUCCUAUACUCGGUCAUCAUUACCACUGCUCUUCUUCUUUACUCUACCCCCUUCUUUUCUCCACCCUAUCAAAUCAUCACAAUGGACGGUCUCUCUGGUUCCGAGCAGCGCGAGCUCGCGUCUCGCAUGGAGCGCAAGCAGAUGAAGGAAUUCAUGACGAUGUACUCCAAGCUCGUCCAGCGCUGCUUCGACGACUGCGUCAACGACUUCACAACCAAGUCCCUCAUCAACCGCGAGGAGGGCUGCGUGAUGCGCUGCGUCGACAAGUACCUGAAGAGCUCGCAGCGCCUGAACGAGCGCUUCCAGGAACAGAAUGCGGCCAUGAUGCAAGGGGGUGGAAAAUAAGUGGCUUCCUGCCACUGGUUUCCUGUUUGGGUUCUGUGCUAUAUUUUUCGGGUUGGGACCGGUUCUCAUGUGUACACUAUAGAUUUGAUUUGAAUGAGACUCUCCUGUACUGUCUGACGCUGUCUAUCUCGCGUCUGUCGCUGUUUUUCUUUCGGUGAUGGUUUGAGGGUCUGUUGGAUCGGGUUUGGAAAAUAUGUAAUACGUGUGGAUCAUGAAUGCGUGUGGGCGUUGGGUCACGUCUGGGGAGUGACGUGGUCUGUAUAGUAUCUAUUGUAAUAAUGAUCUAUUGAGACAUGUCUGUUGCUGUCUCCGUCUUCAAAG